UCCCCUGGACGGAGAGAGAUAGCCAUCUUCCCUGAUUCGCAGCUCCAGACUUCAUUCGCUUUCCUUCUUUCUGUUGUUCUUCGAAUCCAAUUCCAUAUAAACAACCUCACCGUUUCUAACUUCUAUCUUUUUCUUCCUCUAGUACGACUUUUCGCUGUUCCGAUUAUCUGUCCCGAUUUCUCCUCCAGAACCUGAUCGUUACAUUCUCCUGUGAUUGUUUUUUACGAUGGAGCACCUUCCUGUUGAAGUGAUUGGUAACAUACUAUCCCAUCUUGGGUCCGCUCGGGAUGUUGUAAUUGCAUCGGCAACUUGCAAGAAAUGGAGAGAAGCUUGGCGCAAUCAUCUCCACACUCUUUCAUUCAAUUCUAGUGAUUGGCCCAUCUAUCAUGAAUUAACUCCUUGUAGAUUGGAAAUACUUAUUACUCAAACAAUCUUCCAAACCAGAGCACUGAAAUGCCUAACCAUUUACAUGGAUGAUGUUGAUGAGUUCUCUGCUGCCCCAGUCAUUGCAUGGCUUAUGUAUACCAAGGAUUCCUUGCGACAGUUACGUUAUAAUGUAAGGACAACCCCAAAUUUCAACAUGAUCGAAAAAUGUGGCAGGCAAAAGCUGGAAACGUUGGCAUUAGCUCAUAACUCCAUUACAGGUGUUGAGCCCUCUUAUCAGAAAUUUCCUUGCCUGAAAUCCCUCUCCCUGAGUUUUGUUAGCAUCUCAGCAUUGGAUCUGAGCCUUCUACUUAGUGCUUGUCCAAGACUUGAAACCUUGUCUAUUGUUAGUCCAGAAAUUGCCAUGUCAGACGCACAAACUUCCAUGGAGCUUAGCAGCUCGUCUUUGAAGCAUUUUUAUGUUGAGUCAUUCGGUUUGGACAAGUUUAUAUUGGAGGCAGAUUUGCUUGAGAAUUUGCAUUUGAAAGAUUGUACUUUUGAGGUUUUUGAAUUGGUCAGCAAGGGAAACUUGAAAGUGCUGAAGAUUGAUGAUGUGAGUGUUAUCCAUCUCGAUAUUGGUGAGACUACAGAGAAUCUUGAGAUUGUAGAUGUCAGUAACUUCACAAUCACCUGGCCGAAAUUUUAUCAUAUGAUCUCAAAAGCAUCAAAGCUACACAGGCUCCGGCUGUGGGGUGUUGUAUUUGAUGAUGAGGAUGAAGUUGUGGAUAUAGAGUCAAUUUCUGUUUGUUUUCCUCUUUUGACACACUUAUCCUUAAGUUAUGAUUUAAGAGAAGGAGUACUUCAUUAUGGCUUGCAGGGUUUGUCUCUUUUAGUGAAUGUGCUUGUGCUAGAGCUGGGAUGGACGGCAAUUAAUGACCUCUUCUCGGUUUGGGUAGCCGGGCUGUUGGAAAGAUGUCCCAAUUUGAAGAAGUUGAUCAUUUAUGGGGUUGUUUCAGAGGUCAAAAGCCAUGAAGAGUGUCAAAUCUUUGCCAAAUUUACUGAAUCGAUUCUGCAACUUGGACGAAAAUAUAUGCGUGUAAAGGUCGAGUUUGAAUAUGAAUAGUGAGUAAUGCAGUGAUGCAGUAUCAUGCAUCUCUGUCAAAGUUUCAGUUUAUUAUAAUUCUGUUAGAACUCAGAAGGUGUUUAUCCCAUGAGUUUCCAUGCUUCGUGGUGUUUCAUCAAGUGCCAAACAAAACAGUUCAUCAAAUGUGAAGUUGCAGAUUCUUUUUGUAAAUGACUAAAUGAGAUAAUUCUAAAUUUUCCACAUAUAUUUAUUUCUGCCCGUGGCUCUUAAGCCUGUACCAUGAAGAUCACUUUGCUGAUUUCCUUCAUCUGCUUAUGUUUCCUUUUUUUUUUCUUUUUCCCCUGUUGGGAGGUGGUUUUGUAUGAAUAAUUGGUUCUUCUGCUCUGCUGCCCCACCAUCUUACGUAUCCUAGAUUUGAUUAGUGUUAGCUCUUUCGUACUUGAGAUUUCCUACAUUGUAUUUAUUUUGGUGUCUCUGGAUUCCUUCUGGAAGAUCUGAAAGAGGAUUGCUAACAUUGCCCUGCGCAAUCUUCACUUGCUGAACAUCGUGCUUUUAAAGGCCCUAUCCUUUGUCUUGAAUGAUUGAAUGGCUCCUUUUUCUUUCACAAGGCUGUGUAUAUUUCACGAGUCUGGAUCACUCCCCUUGCUAACCCAUAUUCAAUAAUGAACACUGAUUUCGAAUUAUAGAAAAUACAGGCCUUCUCCUCU